AUGGUUCCAACCAUUGAACUUGCAAAUUUUCAACUGGCUCCGAGUGAGCCAAACUUCCCACCAUGGACCAGAGGCGACGAGGAUGAGGAAGAUACAGAUAUUCAAAAGUCGGCAUGUCCAUAUAAGGUCUUCCGAUGCCGACGGGAAAAGAGACGAGACAGGUGGCUGAUGGAUGCCGGCCAUGGCCUCCUCCACAAUCGAGAUUCGAUGCCCUCCAACAAAAAACGCCGUCGAAAAGGCCUCUUGAAAGCUUCUACCGGUCCAGAUAUGGGGAGUAUUCCUGGUGCGAAAAAUGCCGCCCGUGCCUCCUCUUCUGAUGAGAAGGGCCCUUCGAGCGACGAUAGUGGCCAUGAAAGCGAUCAUGCAUCUGCAGCUGCGGAAGCGCUCCUCCCUACGCCGUCGACGACCCCAUCCGCACCUCAUCCCUCGAUACCGCAACGGACUCCGCCCAUCUCCGAAUCAUCGUCGUCUCAGGCAACAGCUGCGCCAAUCGCGGGACAUAGGUCUUCGAGCGUAAAGAAAGCACCUGAACUCCUUCCUUCGAAUAAUAAUGCAGACGUCAAACCUAGCCAGUCGCCAUCGCUGGAUCGGACCCCGGGCAGUUCGUACAUUUCAGAGACAAUGAGCACAACCGCCUUGGAGCCCUUGGAUCCAACACUCACGGCAGGGAGCAAUUUUUGGAUUGAAUUCACCCCGUACAUCACUGGCCCAGUUUCAACUUUUGCCUCAAUAGUGAGGAACGAAGUGGAACCUCCCGAGACACAGGUGCCGAGUGUCCCUGUGACGAACGGGCCCAAGGUUAUGAGCAUGGAUACCACUUCAUACACCGGUGCGGACACGAACAGCUACCGUGUUCAUCGUGAUCACGAGGAUCUUCAUGCUACUACACACACGGCCCUGAUUGCUGUCGGCUCCAUCGGCGCCACAAUCAUCAUCUUCUUCGCUUUAUGGCUUGGAUGGAAGUGUUUCCAAAUGCAGAGUGGAAAUGGCUCCGAAACGUCGACGCUCUCGUCGCCGAGGAAGCCAAUGCAGCUGAUGACCAGCUUUGUUCCCUGUGUUCCCAUUCUGAAAAAGCGUUCUGCUAACCCAAGCGUGUCCGACGUUGUUAAGCCAUAUGAUGAUGGGUUUUGGGGUAGCAAGCUGCCGCCAUCGGCCGAUGGAGGAGUUGAAAAUUCAGGAGCCAUUACUGUCCCCACGGGGAUAGCAUCAACACAAGAGGUCAAGGAGUCGAACGCGGUGAGAUUGCAUCUCAGCCCGCAGAAUCAACCUGGAUCAUCAAAUCACCCGCGUCUGAGCAACAUUCCCGGCCAACGCAUGAGCGAAAUCUCAUCACUCUCGUCAGGAUUUGGCGACGGCGAUAUCAUUAUGCCUACGGGAAAUAACUUCAUCAUUGCGGCGGAACGCUUGAUGGUUCCCGCACCAGCUGCGCAGCGCUCAAGCGUUGGGGGGGCUUCCCAGCGACGGGAAACAGUAUAUACGGAAACAUCCGAGGACCCUCAUCCGCGAUUUCGCACCAUCAACUCGUGGGUCAAGCAGCAGACAGGUCGAGUGAAGCGAGGUAAACAGCUCGAGAUGACAAACGGCGAUAUACCUCCAGUUCCCAAAAUGCCGCUUGAGCAGGAUUUCAGAUUGAUGAUGCCGGAUGGAGAGGUGCCCCGGCAGGUAGUACCAGGGAAGCGAAGCACAGGCUACGGAAUGUCAAAGUGA